ACCCUUGCGAGCUGCGGGGAAGUGGACGCAUUGCCGGAACUUCCGGCGCAAGACGAGGAACGGUUGCAACGAGCCGCUCGACUGCUGCAACAGAGACUCGUCUUACGGCAAUGGUUGCAGGAUCAUGGACUGCACAGCUAUUACCAAAAACUGAUGCAGAUGGAAGUGAUGUCUCUGGAGGACGUGUACUGGGUUGAGGAUAAUGCUGCUCGGGCAGCGCUUGGCAAGGAUCUGCCGCGGUGGAUUCAGGCCAGACAAACGUUGCCCACCUCGAAGGAGGAUUUAGAGACGCUCAAGGCUGAUCUGUGGAGCGCCGUUGUAAAGAACAGCCAACACCAGGACGCGUGGACAUGGGGUGGAAUGCUGGUGGUUUCCGUGUCAGUGGCAGGGUUAGUGACCCUGGCUGCUAUGACACAGCCAGCGCUAGCGCCAGAAGCGAAGCAUUCCCUUUUGCAAUAUGUGACCGGAAAGUAUCUGCUACCGAGCAACUGUCGUGUUCAUUUCGAGUGGGAUGAGCCGCAGCUUGUCGGCGAGACGAUGACGUUUACGGUCAAGUUCUAUCAACGCAAUGGUCAGCCGUAUCCAAUCUGCGACAAGGACAACCUGAUAGUCGAAGUCACAGAAGGUUCACGGAGGGUAGCUACCCUGAUAGAGUUGGGAGGCACCGAUCCGCUAGCAGCUAACACAGCAGUAGUGAAGUUUACGGUCCGACACGCGGGACAAUAUCGGAUAGCUGUACUGAUAGGAUCCUGUCACGUUCACGGCAGCCCGUUUCUUAAGAAUUUCCUACCUGGUCCUCCGGACCCAAACAAGACCAUCUUCGUUCGACAAAGCUCCACGGUGGUUUGUACAGCUGGAAUUGCGCACAGUAUGACGAUAGAGCCGCGUGACGAGUACGACAAUCUGUGUUUAUUCAGGCCCGGGGACAAGCCCACGGAAGGUUAUGAAGUUAACAUUACUCAGAUCGGUAGCGUGGUAGACAAAUCGAUUGUGACAAACUGCGGCAUACAGCUAGACUACGACUCCCCGAACCAGAGAAUUCGUCUGAAAGUCAGUUUUCCAAAGGGUGGCUGUUACCACGCGACUGUUAGUCUAUCCGGCCUACAACUGCACAACGGCGAUUUCGACAUCAUUGUACUCGAGAGUGAUGUCGCGAGAAUGGUGCAUAGUAACGUGGCCUCGAAGGAUCCCGAUAUUUGUUACGCGGCGAAAUUGUUAGGCAUGCAAGGUGAACGAUUCUCGAAACCGAAAAAAGUGGUCUGCUUUAUCUCGCCUAAACAGCUAACGAUCAAAGAGUAUUUACUGAGAAUAAUACCGAAAAGACUCGUUACUUUCAGGCUUUGCCCGUCAACCAAGUUCCAUUUUGAUUGUUCGAAUAAUCAGUACGAUGGUUACGACUCUUUUUCUAUCGAUGAUGGAUGUCAACCGCCCGUUGAGUUAAUUUCUCUCUAUCGAGACAUAAUUGCCGCUACAUUUACGUUGUUUCUGUUGAAAAACAUAGGUGGAAGCGAAACAUUCGCAGAUAAGCAGGAUUUUUUUUAUCACGAGGUCCGAAAGCAUCAUCAGAAGCAUUAUCACGAAAAGCUUUCGAUGAAAGUUCAACGGGAUAAGCUGUUGGAAUCGUCUAUGAAAGCCAGCAAAGGAUUUUCCGUGAGCGAUUGGUGUAGGAAUUUCGAAAUCACCUUCCAAGGAGAACAAGGCGUCGAUUGGGGCGGAGUUAGACGAGAAUGGUUCGAAUUGAUUUGCGCCGCGCUAUUCGAUCCUGGGAACGGAUUGUUCGCGUGUUUCGGAGAAUCACCACAGGCCUUAGUACAUCCUAACAACAAACGGCCUCCACAUCUCAAGUUGAAACAUUACGAGUUCGCGGGUCGUAUAGUGGGCAAAUGCCUUUACGAGUCCGCCCUCGGGGGUUCCUAUCGGCAACUAGUACGUGCAAGAUUCACUAGAUCCUUUCUUGCGCAGAUCAUAGGUCUCAGAGUGCAUUAUAAGUAUUUCGAGCAAGAUGACCCGGACCUCUACUUAAGCAAGAUAAAGUAUAUUCUGGAGAACGACGUGGAAGAAAUGGAACUGUAUUUUGUCGAGGAGGAAUACGACAAAGACGGUCAAUUAUUAAAGGUAGCCGAGUUAAUAUCAGGAGGUAGCAAGGUUCGCGUAACCAACGAAACGAAAUUACGUUACUUAGACGCACUGGCGCAGCACAGACUCGCCAGUUCUAUAAGGAACGAAGUGGAGCACUUUCUGCGUGGCCUAAACGAACUCAUUCCUGACAAUCUCCUGGGAAUCUUCGACGAGAACGAGCUCGAACUGCUGCUGUGCGGAACCGGUGAAUACAGCGUGGCAGAUUUACGCGCCCACCAUAUAGCGAACGGAAGUUCCCCGGAGUUCCUUCGUGUUCUGGAUUGGUUCUGGACUGCGGUCAGUAACUUCACGCAGGAGGAGAUGGCCCGAUUACUGCAGUUCACCACAGGCUGCUCUCAAUUACCACCCGGUGGAUUUCAACAGCUGAGUCCACGGUUUCAAAUUACAGCUGCACCGACGUUCGCUAACUUGCCUACAGCACAUACUUGCUUCAAUCAACUCUGCUUACCCGGCUACGAGUGUUACGAUCACUUCGAAAGAGCUCUGCUGUUAGCGAUCAGCGAAGGUACCGAGGGUUUUGGUAUGAUCUAAAGGAAGAGACCAAAUGUCCAAUCGUUUCUAGUCUUUCUCCCGUUACGAUGGUAUUAAAACAUUAUUUAUUUUGUUUUAUUUUUUUUUUUUGUUUAUAUUUAGUAACACGGUUUCAGCUGGAAACCGUGACUCUCUGUAGAGAACGAUCGGGAACGAUACUUUGUCGCACAUUUUGAUACACAAACGGAUAUCUUCGGAAUGAUCCUCUUUCCGUUCUGCCGGGAGACUUGUUAAAGAACAAUCCAAUCAUUCGAAACAUAUUACGGCGAUAUAUUGAUAUUUUUACUCGGGGUCGCGGUAACGUUUUUAUAAAACGAUGAUAAGGGACGAGCAAUUUUACCGAAACAUCUGCAUUGCUCAAUUUAUUGUAUCGUGAUUUGUCGUAGGUUUAACGUAUUAGGAAUUUUAUUACAUGUUAAAAAAAAAGAAAAGAGGGAAUACAACGCCGAAGCAAGUGAGAUUCGAAUAGUUUACUGAACACGCGGCGAAACAAAAAUCCGAACAGGUUUCUUUUUGUAACUGCCGAGAUAAGGAUAAUAAUUCACUGUACAGUCCCAGAGAAUUGUUCGAUCAUCGCGUUUGGAACGGACACCGAAAGCCAAGGGAGUAUAGCGUAUCUCGAGGAUGUACCCUCAUUCCUUCAUAUCAUCGUCAUAUUUUUCAGUUCUAUACAGUAUUCGGGAAAUAAAAAGAAAGUUACUCGUACAACGUUGUCAGAACCAAAGGCGAGGAACGAUAAGGUUAGGCUUUUCCGUAGAUGCAAUAUCGUUCGAAAGAUUUGUUAAUUAGUGCGUACAAAUAGAACGAACAUCCAUGUAUACUUCCGACUUGACAAGCACCGUGUUGUUUCUUUCCCUUUAUUCUUUCUUUAAUAGUAGCGAGUCUAACUAACGUUCGAAAUAAAGGAUACCUUAGAUCGACUAGCAGGAAUUACAUGCUACACCAGACGAUGUGCUCGAACACGAAACGAUUUUGUGAUAACGAACGAACGAAUCUUCCAUUGAAACUUCGUACCCCUGGUCUACGAUCGGUAAGAGGCGUCUCGCGAC